AACAAGCCGGCGAAAAACCAGGCAGCGUCUAACGGAGCGCGACCAUGCCUCCCUACUGAAGAGCUGCAGGAGGACUGAGCCAUGACUGCGAGCUGGGCAAUGGGCAGAAGACACAGCCUGGUUUACAGCAUAAAGUGAUGACCCCUUUGUCUACAGGAGGUCACGGUUUGUACAGGUACAAUACCUGUGGCGCGCGUGGAUGAAGGGGGUGCUGAGUACUCUCUAUGAUCGGGAUUUCACCCAUGGGAUACAAAGACGGCGGUGAGCAUGCUUGCCUAUCAGAGUCCGUACCUCUCAGGGAGCUUCGCAACAACAGCCCACUCCUGAGUGAAUCACUCCACUUGGACACAUCCUCCGGUCGGUCAGUAUGGACACCUUCGCCAUGAGGUUGACUACACGGUGAGAUUCGGUGCAUAUCUGCACAACUGCACGCUCUGGGGUUCCCCUGCACGGUGGGGCUUUUUGGGGGGGGGGUACGUAUAGGAUUUGACUGCGCCCCGGGAUCCCUUUGUGUCAAAGGGUUUUACGCAGGGUGGACGGCAGUAAAUCGGGGCUUUACGGAGCCCGCUGUUGCGCCCAGCUGCUCUCUUUGUGGCCGGGCCGCGAUGGCAGCCGGCCGGCCGGAGGCGCAGGACCACCCGCCGGAAAACGGCUUCACACCACUGGAGCAGACAGCACCGCGGCUCCUGCCUCACGUUGACGGAUCGGUCUUGCCGUCUCUGGGCGGAUUCGGGAAACAUCAGAGGCAUCUCGUAGUCCUUACUUGGAUACCGGCGUUGUUCAUCGGAUUAAGCCAGUUUUCGGAUUAUUUCCUUCUGGCGCAACCCAAUAGCACAUGUGUGCAGCCCGUUAUGAACAGCAGUAACUGGACCGUGGCUCCCCUGCCGGUGGCCGUUACCGGUGGCACGCCCGCGAUUCACCUACAAGGCAAUGGCACCGGUGAGCCGCUCAACACAGACAACAGCGACUUGCUCUGCACAUGCAAGGAGUGGAAGCUGGAGCUGCUGACGGGACUUAGUCAGAAUGUGGUUACCAAGUGGAAGCUGGUGUGUGACUCGGCCUGGAAGGUGCACAUUGCCAAGUUCUCUUUGUUGGUGGGCUCCAUAUUUGGCUACCUAGUGAUGGGUGUCAUGGCUGACUGGUUUGGCCGUCACCCGGUGUUAAUCCUCUCGGUGCUGUUAAUGCUGGUGUUUGGUUUGGCCGUCGCCUUCUCGGUCAAUGUCACCAUGUUCAGCACCUUGCGCUUCUUUGAAGGCUUCUGUCUCGCGGGUCUCACUCUCUCCCUCUACGUGCUCAGGAUCGAGCUUUGUUUGCCCGGCUGGCGUUUCUCCAUGACUAUGGUGGCCAGUUUUCUGAUGGUGGGCGGGCAACUACUGAUGCCAGGAGUGGCAGCUCUGUGUCGCAAUUGGCCAGACCGCGAUGACUGGCAGGUGCUUCAGAUCGUCAUUAUCUGUCCCUUUGUUCUGAUGCUGCCCUACGUCUGGAUUUUUCCCGAGUCGCUGCGCUGGUUGCUGGCCACCCAGCACUACAGUAGGUCCAAAUCCAUGAUACUGCACAUUGCCAGGAAGAACCAGGUUGACCUAUCUACUGAGCCCAGUGGGGUUCUCACAGAACUGGAGCAAGAGCUGCACAAGAAACCCCAGAGAACAUGCAUCGUCAAGAUGAUGAGCACUAGGAAUUUGUGGAAAAACAUUGUGGUGCUUUGCGUUAACUCAUUGACAGGCUAUGGGAUCCACCACUGCUUCGCCCGCAGCAUGAUGGAUCCUGAGGCCCAGCCGACUGCCAUGUGCCACGCUGACUAUUACACUAUGGCUGGCAUUGCUGUGGCAACCUGCCUGGCAUUGUGUCCGGCGGUGGGGUUGAUGGGUCGUCGUGGCGGGCUGCUCACCUUCAUGAUCAUCACCGCCCUAGCAUCACUAUUACAGCUGGGUUUGCUCAACUUGAUUGGGAAGUACAGCCUCCGCCAUGACAUAGAACUGCGUGACACUCUGAACAGGAAGUUCUCCGUGGCCUUUUCCAUCAUUGGCAUGUUCUCUUCUCAUGCCGUCAGCAUCCUCAGCAUAUUCUUCUGCGCUGAAAUCACUCCCACUGUCAUCAGGGGUGGAGGUCUGGGUCUGGUGCUGGCUAGCGCUGGCUUUGGCAUGCUCACCGCCCCCAUCAUGGAACUUCACAAUCAGAAGGGCUACUUCCUGCAUCAUGUGAUCUUUGCCUGCUGCACCCUGCUGUGCAUCAUCUGUCUGCUGCUGCUGCCUGAGCCACGGGGCCACCCGCUGCCAGAGACUCUGGCCGACGGAGAGAGCUUCAUGCGUCAGACCUUGCUCCGUCCGGGAGAGCAGCAUCUUCUUCUUACCAAGACUGACAGGGACUACUCCCGCGUCCACGACACACCUCUCCAUCUCACAGCCACCGGGGGCGCCACAGUGGCGGUGGCCACCGCUCUGGCAGCGGUGCCUGCCUCGUACGCUCUAGCGACUGGAGGGGAGGUGCUGGAAAACCGUGCUGUAGCCAAUGGAAUGCAUGCUUCAUAGCAACAGCCUGCUAUUGUGCUGUUAAUCAUUCAAAUGUUAAACUCACUGGGUUUUAACUAGGUAGCCAAGCUGAUGUGAAACCCAGAGGAUCCUUUAGAAACAAAACCAAAAAAAAAAGAAAAGAAAAAUAAUCUCACAGAAUUGCUCAAAAAACUGAUGGGCACUUAUUAUGGGUCAGGAGGAAAUAGUGAGAAUAAGAGUUGUGUGAUCAGAUGUAUGUACAGACUUGCAGCUCAUUCAGGAACUGCCGCAAAAUCUUGUACUAGAAUGAGUUUAUCUCAAGUCGAUGUGUUCUUGAUAUAAACUUAAAAGUUUUCAGUGGUUUUACUCUAAUGAUUACAUUCUCUCUCGGAGUGAUUUGCUGGCAAAGCAGGAUAGAUAAAUUGACAGCUAAAGAGGGCAGAGUUGCAUUAAAUAUGGGCCCUAUGAAUUUUCUGUUGGUGGUUUGACUAGGUUUGAGAGGAUUUCUCUGUAUCUAAUUCUUUGAGUUUUUUUGCACUAAAAGUCUGAGACACAAUCAAGUAUUUGUCAUCUUCAGCCAACACAGCAAAAAUCCAGGGAUUGGCAAAACCACUACCACUUUUCUUUGCAUGAAAGAGCACAAAUGAUUUUUAUAUACAUUUAUCUCUUCCUCUGAUUUGUGGUCACUCUUCUUGAAGUCAAAUUUGGCACUUUAUUCUAAGAAGUGAGGUCAGUGUAAACACUUUUUUUUCGUUUUAAUUGCAAGCAUCCCCCCCUUUGUAUUGGGUGUAUGAUGGUUGUCUGAUGCCUGUCUCACAGCCGGAGACCAUGGCAGACUGCAUGGAUAGUCUGGGGAUUGUGAGUAAUGCUGAACAAAUCUGAGAGUUGAAUGGGCAUUGUAGUGAUUAACUUAUUAUGUCUUAUGACACAUCUCAGCUCUAAAUGGCUUUAUAAUGAUGGCUUUGUUCUUUUACAAAACAGAAAAGAUACAAUGUAAUUUAAGAAAUCCAGUAUUUAUUUUGUCAUUCUUCCAAUGGCAUUCUGUUGCUUGAAAUACCUCCUUAGAUUAGCUAGCUAAUAUUCCAACUCCAACUUUCACUCCCUUGUAGUUUCCUGUACUGUGGUAAUGUUAUUGGUUGUAAUCCUGUUCAUGGGGUGUGUAACUUUAGCCUAACGAAAAUAUUGGUUCACCAUGCCAGAAAGCACAAUAUUUAUUCCCAUUUUGAAAUAAACAUUUGUGAAGAUUAGAAUAGAGCAGCUUGGUCUGCAUAGAACUGGCCUAGUUGUGACUAGUGAGCAUUUGUAUGAGACCACUUUGCUUUUCAUGUGUCACUAGGAACUGAAGACAAAUGUAACAUAUGCAUUUAUGUGCCAUACACUGAAAACAUACGGACUAUCUACUUUUUUAAAUAUGAAGCUCAUCGAAAACAUAGACCAUUUAGAAACUGUUUUUUGUCCAAUUGUUGGCAACUGAAUAC